CUGAAGUUAUUUUUAUCCGGUUUCUAUAUUCCACCAAUUUAAUCGCAAGUUUAAUAAUUGUUGUAGCUGCUGACAAACCGAAAAUCUUACGAUUCCAGGCUACAACAAUAGUAAUUGUCAGUAAAAGUAGCAGAAAAUGAUGACGAGGUAUCUACUCUUCAAGAUAGCAGUGCUCUUGGUUCUGGGUGCAGUGCUCUUGGUUCUGGGUAUGGUAGUUGGGAUGAACUAUGCUCCAGUCACGGCAAACAAAGCUGUCUCCUACCCUCCAACUUACAAGGGCCCAGUUAUUGGCAUCCUCACUCAGAAGACUAAUGGACAGUUCCAGAGGUACGGACACUCCUACAUUGCUGCUUCCUACGUCCAGUGGCGUGCAGUGAAAUUUUACAUUCAAAAGAUUAAGUUUACCAGUUAUACCUUCUCUUCAGAGUUCAGACAUCAUAUUAUAAUGUUUCAGACAUUCCCCAUCUCCAAGUUCUAUGAAGCCUCCAAGUACAUUUACGACUGGACAGUGAAUUUCAACAAAAACGGAUCUUACUUUCCACUUUGGGGCACUUGCUUAGGUUUUGAGGCUAUACUGUACGCAGAAGCAAAUACCAACGUUACAUCGGACAUCCGAUUUAAGUGCUCCGCUCACAUGCCAAACAAUCUCACCAUUCAGGAGGGAGCACAGAACUCCAGAAUGUUGUCUAAUCUAGACAGCAAACUUUACCAAGCUGUUCAAACCGAACAACUGGUCUACAAUUCUCACUCGUUUUGUAUCGGUGCAGAACAGAUCGAGAGUCCCGACGGUCCGCUCCACAACAAUUUCAACCUACUGGCGGUAAAUUGGGACGCUAAUGGGAAACAAUACAUAGCUCUGGCGGAACACAAAAAACUACCGAUCUACGCUUCCCAGUUUCACACAGAGAAGAGUGCUUUCGAAUGGACGACGUAUAAAAGUACAAUUCCUCACACCAAAAAUGCGAUCCUUUUUAUGCAAUACCUGGCUAACUUCUUUGUUGGCGAGGCUCGUCAAAGCAAGAACCAGUUCUCCGAGUCGGUGGAGUUCUACAAGAGAAGCAUCAACAACUACAAACCCGUUUACACCGCGAUAGCGCUAAAUUAUUUUCUUGAGUCGUGUUACUUCUUCCACGACAGGAGAGAUGACUUGCUCCUCGAUACGACCGAUUAAACAACUGUAUCUUCUAUCAAAAAACCCAAUACUUCUGCACCAGA